CGGAGACGCAAUAACACCUGACCUUGUUGCCCUUAGACCUCACCUAGUAAUCCUUCUACGUCUGCUGUACAGGUAUCAGAUUCUGCAUCAAUUCCACCGUAGAGCCAAGAGAGCCAUCCGCAAUCACUCUUCAGCGCUAUUUGGACAUUGCUACUUAAGCCAACGCAAGCGGAAACAGGUCCAACUAGCCUCGAAUUGAGUCCUGGGUCAAAAGGAAUAGCAACGAAUAAUCCACGACUUGCACAAGGCCUGCAGGCCAGCCUACCUACCUUGGUAGUGUACAACCGAAGCGACAUCAGAGAGCGACAUCAACUCACUUCCAAUUAAGUACAAUGGUGCUCACCAUAUCUCUUCCAGACCGCCAUACAUUCUACGCCGGCAAGCCACAAAAAUCAUCAACCUCUUCAGAGACCUUCCAAUCAGUCGAUCCUUCGACAUCCAAACCCGUCUGCACGAUUCACACAUCCUCUCCAUCAUCCAUAGAUUCAGCCAUCUCAGCAGCAAAAUCAGCUUUCCCGUCAUGGUCGAGCACUCCACCCGUCGAACGAGCCCGCAUCCUCCAAAAAGCGGUCUCGAUACUUCGCUCGCGGAAUGAUGAGCUCGCCAAAAUCGAAACACUCGACACUGGCAAACCUUUUUCCGAGACAUCUACAGUCGACAUAGUCACUGGCGCCGAUGUUCUUGAGUACUUUGCUAACCUGGUCGCUUCCGGCGGCCUGAACGGCGAAUCAUUCCGCCUCCGCGAUUCGGCUUGGGUGUACACUUCCAAAGAACCGCUCGGUGUGUGCGCUGGUAUCGGUGCGUGGAACUACCCGAUUCAGAUUGCGCUCUGGAAAUCUGCGCCUUGUCUAGCCGCUGGUAAUGUGAUGGUCUACAAGCCUUCCGAAGUGACGCCGCUUCAUGCUCAAUUCUUGGCUCAGGUCUACACAGAGGCCGGAGUACCGGAUGGCGUGUUCAACGUCGUGUAUGGUGCUGGUGAAGUCGGCGCUUAUCUGACGAAACAUCCCGACAUUGCCAAAGUCAGCUUUACAGGUCAAGUCUCGACCGGUCGGAAAGUGGCAGGCUCUGCUGCUGGGGAAAUGAAGUACGUGACGAUGGAGCUCGGCGGGAAGAGUCCUGUGAUUGUCUUGCCGGAAGUGGAUAUCGAACAAGCUGUCGAUGGGGCUAUGAUGGCCAACUUUUUCAGCACCGGUCAAGUGUGCACGAACGGAACGAGGGUCUUCGUGCCCGAAAAGCUGAAGGCCGAAUUUGAAAGGGUCCUCCUGCGGAAAAUGGACGAUGUUCGACCCGGUGAUUUGAUGGAUAUGAACACGAACUUCGGCCCCUUGGUCAGCGAGGCCCAUUAUAAGAAGGUGGUGGGAUAUGUCAAGCACGGCAUCAACGUGGACCGGGCCACGUUACUUCGUGGUGGGCUGGAAAAGCCGGAGAAUCUCCCCGAGCGGUUAAAUAAUGGGUAUUGGGUGAGACCGACGGUCUUUACGGACUGCACGGACGAGAUGAAGAUUGUCAAGGAGGAGAUUUUUGGCCCCGUCAUGACUAUUUUGACAUAUUCCUCGCUUGACGAAGCUAUCGUUAGAGCGAACAAUACCGAACUAGGUUUGGCCGCUGGAGUAUUCGGCAAAGACAUCAAUGAAUGUCAUAGAGUGGUCAAACAAUUGCAAGCAGGUAUCACCUGGAUCAACACGUGGGGCGAGUCUCCAGCUGAGAUGGCCGUUGGUGGAUGGAAGCAAAGUGGUGUUGGUGUUGAAAAUGGAAGAAGAGGGCUUGAAGCCUGGGUUCGAAACAAAAGCACGCUGGUGGAGAUGGGCGGCGCGGUGCCUACAGUAUUUGCGAAGCUUUGAGACGGGCUUGGACAGGUAAGAUGAUUCGAUGCUCAACAUCAAAAUAUUGCAUAUCCUUUUGCUGGGCUAUUCUUGCCACUUGUAUCGCCAAUGAACUCCUUCGGCUUUGACCAUGGAUAUCAUGCAGCCUGAACGCCA